AGAUGUCUUUAACUUCCGGGGAAUCAAUGCGCCAUCAAAGAUAGUGCAUUUGUUUUAAUCGUCAAAAAUAUUUUUUUAAGCAUACUAUUCCUAUUUAUGAGUAUCUAAUAUUCAUAUAAAUCAAGAGUUAAAACGUUGUCUAAAAACAACAAUGGGAAAAUUUAACUCGUGAUGUAAUGCGUAUAGAUUCGAUUCCGGUUGUGUUAUAAGGCGCUGGACAAAAAGGCAGGAAAAACAACAAUUUUUGUUUGUUUUUGUGAAAUUUGAGAAAAAAGAGAUACAGUCAUCAAUAAGAAAGUCAGGAUGUGAUAAUUUCGAACAAGGAUAUAAUAUUUCGUUUUUGAAGUUUUCCUGUUACUUAUGGAUUAGCCUUCAUGGCGUUUUUAAAAGUAUUUUUACAAGGAGGGGCAGCCUUGUCACCCUUCGUUAGUCUAACACUUGCACUGACUUAUUUUUGAAACAUUUAUUGCUGUCUUUCUUGUUCCCAUAUUUUCACAUCAAUAAAUGUUUUUAUUAAUGAAGACAAAAGUAUAAGUCAGGUUUUCGAUGUCCUUAUUAUAUAUAUGAUUAGAUUGAUAUCCAGUCUAAUCAUUUUGAUAAGGACACUUUCAUUCCCUGAGUUUCCUAAAUGACAACACCAAAAAAGGAUUUGGAGAAACAAGACGAUUUAACUCGUAGAAAGUCCGCUAGCUCUCGCGGAAUGCAUUCUAGUUCACAAAGACAAGGAUCAUCCAGUAACACUGGAGUUUUGAUGGUUGGCCCAAACUUUCGAGUUGGCAAAAAGAUUGGUUGUGGCAAUUUUGGAGAGUUAAGAGUGGGCAAAAAUCUCUACAACAAUGAACAUGUUGCUAUCAAACUGGAACCUAUGAAAUCUAGAGCUCCACAAUUACAUUUAGAAUAUCGAUUUUACAAACAAUUAGGACAGUCAGGUUCAGUUCCAGAGGGUGUACCCAAUGUGUUCUAUUUUGGUCCUGUAGGAAAAUAUAAUGCUCUUGUUUUGGAGCUCCUGGGACCUAGUCUCGAAGAUCUUUUCGAUCUCUGUGAUAGAAAGUUUACUCUUAAAACAGUGCUCAUGAUUGCUAUUCAGUUGAUAACUCGUAUGGAGUAUGUGCAUUCAAAACAUUUGAUCUACAGAGACGUUAAACCAGAGAACUUCUUGAUAGGAAGACAAUCAACCAAAAAGCAGCAUAUCAUCCACAUUAUUGACUUUGGCCUUGCCAAAGAAUAUAUUGACCCAGAAACUCAUAAACAUAUUCCAUACAGAGAGCAUAAAAGUUUAACAGGCACAGCAAGGUAUAUGAGCAUAAACACCCAUCUUGGGAAAGAACAAAGUCGGAGAGAUGAUCUUGAGGCAUUAGGUCAUAUGUUUAUGUACUUUCUACGUGGUAGUUUACCCUGGCAGGGUUUGAAGGCUGAUACAUUAAAAGAACGCUAUCAGAAAAUAGGAGAUACAAAGCGUGCCACACCCAUAGAGGUUCUCUGUGAAAAUUUUCCAGAAGAACUAGCAACAUACCUUCGCUAUGUACGAAAGUUAGACUUUUUUGAAACACCAGAUUAUGACUAUUUACGAAAACUUUUCAUAGAUCUCAUGGACAAAAUGACAUACGAGCGUGAUUGGCAGUUUGACUGGGUUGGAAGACAGGUGUCUACUCCCGCGAGUGUUGCAGAGCAAACCUUAUCUCCACAGAGGGAUGCCAACCCAAGCAGAGAAAGGCACAAUGUCCCACAAGCAAGUUCUAAUCCAAGGGGUCAGCAUGCCUGGGGAGAACAGCCGAGACACACAUAUCUAGGAGACAACCUGGCCUCUAAUAGGCAUGGGGGUUCUGUUCAGGUGGUUAGCUCUACUAAUGGAGAUAUGCAACCAGAAGACCUAGGCGGACAGUCCAAUACGCCCAUCACUCCACAGCCUGAAGUGGAAAUCAAUGAUGAAACUAAGUGCUGUUUCUUCCGCCGACGCAAGAAGAAGAAGGGACGCCGCAGUUAAAAACAUGGUCUGUGCUCAUUUACUCAGGUGCUGUGGUUGCUUCAGAUGGAAAAACUCAAGACCCAGGACUAAAGCGAAGCGUCAUAAAUGACGAAAGGCACUGGGUCACCAGAGGGAUACCAAACCAUUAAAGCCAUCAGAGAUAUCCUGUGACAGCAUAUCAGCCGACAGCUCACACCUCUACUCAACCAAUGCUAGAGAUGACCUUUUACCUCCACAUUUAACAGGGACCUUCCCCUCCUCAAGGGCUGCUGCUUUAAGUGGUUUUGUAAACCAGACAUUCUUAUGACAUAAUUUUCAUGUAUUUUGUUUUCUAAUAAUUGAAUUUCUACAUUUGGACAACUAAAGACAAAAAAGAAAUUCUGCUUGAAACAUUGCCAACUUAAGAUUUUGUAAAAGUAAUAAAAGUAAGCUCUUCAGUUGAAACUACUGUUAUAGUUCAUAGAAAUAACAUUCUAUAAAUAGUACAUUCAAAUUCAAUUGUUUCUUACAACAGUAAAAAAAAAAAAAAAAAAAACUCUUGUUAGCUGAAGCUUCUGGCACAGUAUUUCUCUGGCCUGCAACUCCCUCUGCUGUGACUCAGUGAAUGCUUGUUUUAAACAUAUGCAUGUUAAUGUACAUAACAUUUGUUGUUUUUUUUUUGUUAUGUUCUUUACCGCCCCCUAUCCCCCAUGAAAAAAUGUACAUAGUAAACUGUCCAGCUUGUAGUUCAUCUAUAGUUGAAGUGGGCAAAUUUUUUUUCUCUUCUACUUUUUUUUUAUAAUGCAUCUGAUGGCUUCAUCACUAAAUGCUUCUAGCUUUAUGUUCAUGAAAAUAAUUUUAAAAAAAUGAUCUACCAUCUACUGGCUUUGCAGUCCUGUGAGAUAUUUUAUUUUUCUAUGUGCACAUUACACAGCAAUGGUUACGUUGACGCUAAAUUUAUUUUUGGAGAUGUAAUAAUCCUCAAAGACUUACUUUUAUGUAGAAGUUUUGGAGAUGACAAUGACAAUCUGCAGCACCCUGUUCAUUUCACUGUUCCAAUGUUAGCUUGUCAUUCACUCAGUCAGUUCUGUCAAGAAAAACUUUUUUUUUCUCAAUGCUGUAUUCAUCUUUCCAUUGUUCAGUCUUAAGCUAAUUAUUCAAUCCUAUAUAUUUUGUUUAUCAUAGAGAGUACCCUGUUCACCUGUAGUAAAUGUUGAAUGCCUUUUUUUUUUUAAAAUAUAUAUAUCAUAUUGAAGUAGAUUGGGGACAAAAAUGUGUACGCGGAAUAAACUGGGAGACAGUUGUUGCCAAAUUUUGUUUGUAUCUGUUCCCAGUGCAAGCCAAAGUGAUGUUUGUGGACUAGCUGCAUGUGUUCUCAGUUGGAAUGAAAGUGAUUCUUGUUGACUUAUUCUAAGAACACACUGUUCAUUACAUCACUCAGCCAUAUCUUUUUCAUUGAUUUGUUCAUUGGCCUGUGUUUUUGACCUGCUGAUAUGACCCCACACCCCAGACAGCAAGACUGUUUCUAGGCCCUAAGUAGUUGCUUAUCCUAUUGUAGCAGCUGUGAUCAUGACCUGCCAAAGGGCAUAAAUAGGGGUUUUAGCUAGUCUUUGAUGUGCACUAUCUUCUUUGUAGCUUUGAAAAGAUAUGGGUCAGCCUUUUCAGAAGUUUCAUCACAAUGUUUCUCAUAAACGUUUUUGCAUUACAUGUGAUCAAAUUAAUUAAGUUUAAUAAUAAUAUAAAUUUUUUUUUUUUCCUAAUAAUUGACAUGGAUGAAGCAAAAAAAAACUACAUAGAAAAUGCAGUAUCUUAUUAGCCCUAAUUGUAUAUGGUUUCUCAAACCCUCAUGAAAUGUCAACUUUUCUGUCCCCGUUACUAUGUAAGUGAAAUGACUCUACAAAAGUCACUCUGUAAUGUGUGUCACUGGCUAUCUCAACAGUAUGGUAUGGUGCCUACUCCAAACUUGCUUCUAGGAAUGACUUGUUCAAUCCAAGCUGUACUUCAAAAUGCCACAAUGUUCACCUUAUUCUUGUUUGGAAACUCUUUGGUUUGAUUGUUUAGUUCUAAAUGUGUUGUGUGUGCUGGUAAUACCAAAUCAGGAAACUUGGAUGCACACCAAGUGACUUGAUGACAGUUUUAUAGUCAGUUACUUGUUUAUAACAAGAAAAAAAAGUCCAUUUGAAAAUUCCUUGUAAUUCACAUUUUAUUCAGUUUUUAUUUGUGUGGUAUGCAGUUUCUGUUUUGUUCAAAUGACUUUUGAUUUGUUUGAAGAUCCAAGUAAGAACUAUUUCUAUAUCUUGAUAUAAAUAAGUGUAUGAAUGUUGAGGAUAGUUUUGGGUUUGUGAGUUUUUUUUUCAACUUUGAAAUAACUUUUAUCUUAUAUUGUAUGAAUGUUCCUUGUCAUUGGAAUGGAUUCAUUUACAUGUAAAUAUCUUUUAUAGACAAACAACAAAUUAUUUAAAAGAUUUAAUUUCUCUUAUAAUUAAAUAAAUGAAUUGAUAAUUAAUUGUUUGAUAACAGGGUGCAAUGAAUGACUGUGAAUGGUGUUGGUGUGACCCGUGAGCUACUAGACUUACUUAUUGCUGGUUGGGAUUUGACAUUCAAUGCUUUCAUAGUAGUUAGUUUAAUUCUAAUCCUAUUGUUCUUGAAUCAGUACACAAGUUUAAUUCUAAUCCUAUUGUUCUUUAAUCAGUACAUCUCAUCCCAUUGUCUUGCUACUUAUCCAAUGAUUGUAAUGCUUAUGAAAUAACAGAAACAACAAAUAGAUCUUCUCACUGAUACUUCUUAUUACUAUUAUUACAAUUACUAUUGGAUGGCUGGUCAUGUGGUAUGUGCUCUGGGCUGUCAUCUCAAUGGUCCUGGGUUCAAACCCUACCUGCUGACAUUUCCCGCUUUACUGUGGGAGGCUUGGGCUAGGAAGUGAUAACUUUUAAUUUUGAUUAAACAUCCAAUACCUAUAAAACAAAAGCAUUAAUCCACAAUAUACAAAUUAUCAUACUUCAUUUUCUAUAUUUAUAAAACAAUUUCAAAAUUGGGAGUAUUUACUUUCUGGAUAAGGUUAUUUGUUUCCAUAAAGAUUGGACAAAGAAGUUAAAUUCUGAUAGCAAAGCCCUAAAAUAAAAUUUACAGCUAUAAAUGAAUACACUUUAUUGUCAUUUUUAUCAAGACAUAAAUAAUAAAGAAUGUGAACUAUGUAAUGUUUAUCUUCCUUUGUCCUACUAUAUAUAAGCAGGGCUGCGGUGACUGUAUGACAUGGGACAUAUGCAAUAGACUUCAUUGUUUCCAUGGGUCUGUCUGGACUGUCCAAUUCUCAAUGUCUCCUACUGGCACUGUGUACAUAAUUACUUGAUGUGUCAACUGUGUAAGAUUGAUCAACACUCUGCCUCUUUAUGAACUCUAGUUAAUUUGUGAUUGGACAUGUUCGCCUCCUAUAGCCUUUUCUAAUUUUUGACUUUUUUUUUUAUAUCAUUAGAAACUGACUAAAGUGAGGAUACCUAUAGGUGAAUAGUUCAACUUUGAUAGUGAUGAUUCAAUAUACAUUUUUACAUGCCCUAUUGGGCAUCUUGAAAGAUGUCUCUGUUUUUUGUUGUGUUUGUGUGUGUGUAUCUGUUUUGCUUUCUGAACCUUUGUGUUUUAUUAUUAAGGCCUAGAAUGUUUUAGAUGAGGCUGGAGAAGUAUCUGAUUGCUUUUGUCCUAUUCUAAAGAUGAUACAUUGGGUUCUUGUGAAAUGAAACAAUACAAGUGGGAAGUAGUACACCUCUCACCAUCCAAUCAUUCUUUGGCUUUGUCUGGUAUAUUUGAUGAACAAGAUAAUGGGAAGCCUGUGCUAGUCUUAUUUGCUUAUGUCACAGUGAGAAAUCUGGCUAGACUAAACUUAUUUCAGUGAAAUACUUUUUAAUUGUUGUUUUUAUCAGCCUAGAAAUAAGAAAGGCUCUAGAGCCUCUUUAUGUCCUCUGUGUGUUGUAGACAGUUUACCUCCCCUGCACAACUGCCUUUUUUUUCCCCCUCUGCCCUUCCACCCCACCCCUCUGAACAACUAUUUCUUUGUACACAUGCAAGUUUGUCUUAAAGAAGUUUCACAGUAGACAGUUCUGUAACUGAGCCAUUUGAAUGCAGUGGUGGCAGGUGAUCAUGUUCAUGGCCUGCUAGUGCUUGCCCUCAAGUAUUAUGGUCAAUGUUAUUGGAAUGAAGAGUACAUGGGGCCAGGCUCUUGAUGCUUUUUUUUUAAUUAGCUUUGUUGUGUGAAUGCUGAUAUCAUUACAAUUUUGUGUUUCAUUCUAUUUAAAAAAAAAAUAUACAAAACUAAUGGCAGAGUGUGAAUGGUGUUUAGUGGUGGACGCAUUUUGUACAUGACUUAAUAAAGGCAAUUCUUACAA